UUUCUUUUUCUUUUUUUUUGUGUUCCUUUUUUUUACACUUUCUUUUCAUCAUCAUGAACUUUGACGCCAUUGAAGAACAGGACGGUAUUCGUUUCUCUUGGAACGCAUGGCCUUCAUCACGCAUUGAGGCCAACAAGACGGUUGUACCCAUCUCUUGUCUGUACACACCUUUGAAAGAACGUGAAGAUUUCAAUGUAAAUCCUAUCUGGUAUGAACCCGUUCAUUGUAAACCCCCUUGUCGUGCGGUCUUGAAUCCUUACUGUCAAACAGAUGUACGUGCUAAACUUUGGAUCUGUCCAUUCUGUUUGCAGCGAAACCCUUUUCCACCUCAUUAUAAGGAUAUCUCCAACGAGAACUUGCCUUCCGAAUUACUACCUAGAUACACUACCAUCGAAUACAAUUUAAACAGGGCUGCUCAAAUUCCUCCUAUCUUUUUAUUUGUAGUCGACACUUGUCUUGAGGAAGAAGACUUGAAAGCAUUGAAAGAAGCUUUGAUUGUCAGUCUCAGUUUAUUACCUGAGUAUGCUUGGGUUGGGUUGAUUACGUUUGGUACUAUGACGCAAGUCCAUGAGCUUGGUUUUGCUGACUGUCCAAAGUCAUUUGUGUUUCGUGGUACAAAGGAAUACAAUGGUAAACAAAUUCAAGAAAUGCUGGGUUUAACUGCAAACGCUGUCAGACCCAACGGUGGUCCCACCAUGGCUGCUAAUCGUUUCUUAUUGCCCGUCAAGGAUUGUGAAUUUGUCUUGACUUCUAUAUUGGAGAACCUUCAAAAAGAUCCAUGGCCUGUUGCUGAUGAUAAACGUCCCAUUCGUUGCACCGGUGUUGCUACGAGCGUUGCUGUAGGCUUAUUGGAGUCUGCUUUCCCUAAUACAGGUGCUCGUAUCAUGUUAUUCAGUGGUGGUGCUGCUACAGAUGGUCCUGGUCAAAUUGUCAGCAGUGAAUUAAGAGAAUCUAUCCGUACUCAUCAUAACAUUGAAAAGGAAACAGCUAAAUGGUACAAGAAGGCUGUCAAGUUUUAUGAUGCUUUAGCUAAACGUGCUUCUACCAAUGGUCAUACUAUUGAUAUCUUUGCUGGUUGUUUGGAUCAAAUUGGUCUAUUAGAAAUGAGAUCUAUGGUCAAUCAAACCAAUGGUGUGAUGGUCUUGUCAGAUUCAUUUACGACUGCCAUCUUCAAGCAAAGUUUCCAUCACUUGUUCCAAAAGGACUCCAAUGGUCACCUAAUGAUGGGCUUUAAUGUGACGAUCGAUGUUCAAACUACAAGAGAGUUAAAGGUUUCUGGUAUGAUUGGACAUGGUAUCAGCAACAAUAAAAAGUCAACCAAUGUAGGUGACAUAGAAAUCGGUAUUGGUGGUACCACCUCAUGGAAGAUGAGUACACUGACACCUCAUAACACAAAUGCCAUUUAUUUCGAGGUAGCUAACCAGCCUACACCUUUUACACCUGGAUCCCGUGGUUUGAUCCAAUUCACUACACAUUAUCAACACUCAAGUGGACAAUACAGACUUCGUGUGACGACUGUAGCUCGAAACUUUGCCGAAGGACAGAGUCCUGAAAUUGCAAACUCUUUUGAUCAAGAGACUGCAGCUGUAUUGAUGGCACGUAUUGCAGUAUUUAAGGGAGAGGUGGAUGAUGGACCUGAUGUAUUACGUUGGUUAGAUCGCAUGUUGAUUCGAUUAUGUCAGCGAUUCGCAGAUUACCGUAAAGAUGAUGCACAUUCAUUACGUUUAUCAGAAAACUUUUCAAUUUAUCCUCAAUUUAUGUUCCACUUAAGACGAUCUCAGUUCUUGCAAGUGUUUAACAACUCACCCGAUGAAACAGCAUUCUAUAGACAUGUGUUAAACCGAGAAGGAGUGGAUAAUUCACUUAUUAUGAUUCAGCCUACUUUGACCAGUUAUGCCUUUGAUUCAGAACCUCAACCAGUCUUGUUGGAUUCAGUCUCGAUCAAGCCUGACACUAUAUUAUUACUAGACACCUUCUUCCAUAUCUUAAUCUUCCACGGUGAGACAAUUGCUCAGUGGCGUCAAGCAGGAUACCAAGACCAAGAAGGUUAUGAAAACUUCAAACAGUUAUUAGAAACCCCUAUAUUAGAUGCACAAGACCUGCUUAUAGACAGAUUCCCUGUACCUCGUUAUAUUGUAUGUGAUCAAGGUGGAUCUCAAGCACGUUUCUUGCUUUCCAAGUUAAACCCUUCCACCACACACACCUCCGGCACUCAAUACACUGCAGGUGGUGCUGUUGUACUUACCGAUGACGUCAGUCUACAGGUCUUUAUGGAACAUUUGAAAAAGCUUGCCGUUACUGGUAGUUCAUAAAUCAUCACAUACACAUUAUUACUAUUUUUUUUUUUCACUCCCGCUUAAAAUAAAAUAUUUUUUUAUCUCUUUGUUUGUUUCU